AUGUUCACAGAGAACACAAAUGCUGGCUUUUCCCUUAGCCCCAAUGUCAGUAAGCAUUUGGCCAGCCUCUCAGUGGUUGGAAACAGGAGUCCCACCACCCAUCCCACUGUGAGGGAGAAGGCUCUGUUUGUCCCUGAAAACCCAAACAGCAGCCUUGAAAAUCAGGGCCAGAUUAAGAUGUCCAUUGAUGAAGUGUGUCGAGAGACACUGUUGUGUUGCUGCAAGUCUUUUCUGCAGCAGGCAGGAUUAAGUCUGCUAAUAAGCAUGACAGUCGUUAAUAACAUGCUUGCCAAGUCUGUUUCAGACCUGAAGUUUCCUUUGCUAUCCGAGGGGAGUGGAUGUGCAGAGGUGCGGGGCUUGGAAGAGCUGAUGAGUUUGUCUGAAAAGCCAGUGCUGGUGGGGGAAGCACUGGCUGCCCAAAUGCUCUCCUCAUUCCUGUGCCUCUUUACCAGAAGUGGGAGCAGAGAGAUGCUUGUGGAAGCCAUCUCCCCUUAAGUGUCUGUCUCAGAAAGAAUGAGACUGAAGCCACCCGGAGCCUGAGCACUUUCCUGAGGGCAAAGAGGCUGCAGUGGGUGCCACUAAGGAUGCAGUCUUAGCCAGUCAGCUCCUCCCUGGGUGAGAGUUCCUUCCAAUGUCUAAAUGGAGGUCUACACUCUGACUGACCAGGCAGGGCUCUGCCAGAGCAGUGGGCAACUUCUGGGUUUUGUAGUGUGCAGGUAAAGUGCAUUGUAAAUUGCUGCCUUGCAGCCUUCUUCAUGUGGUAAAGGGUAAGGGGAUGCCUGUGGCCACUAGCUGGGGAUGACUAACAGCAAAUCACAGCAUAGAGGUGAAGGGUAAGGGGAUGCCCGCAGCCACUAGCUGAGGAUAACUAACAGCAAGUCACAGCAUCAGAGUGAAUGUUGUUGUUGCCUGUGGUGAUCUCCCUGUCUAAGCGCGGAACCACUUAUCAGAAAUGACACCCAUAUGAGAGCUUGCGCCAAACACCCUUCUCCUGCUGCUGCUGCUGCUGCUGCUGCUGCUUAGGUAGAAGUAGUUCCCCUUUCCUCUGUCCUACACUAGCUGAUGGAUGGCUAGCAUGUUAAUCAAGAGAUACACUCCCUUCCUUCCACUGUAGUGACUGACCCCCUUAUUCCCCAGCCCCCUACCCUCAUCCCCAUUGUGUAUCCUCAAUAAACUGUGUGCUUUGA